AUGAGGUUCAAUAUCGUGUCCGGCCUCGUGGUGGCUCUGGCCGCUGAAUCCGCCGUCGCCAGCACUUGGUUUGGCAAGGCAGCCUACAACAAGUGGCAUGAGACCGAGCUCGAGCGCUGGCUCUCGGAUCACGACAUCCCCUAUCCCACCCCCGCCGAUCGCAAGGAUUUGGAGAACCUUGUCAAGGACAACUGGAACGCCAAGGUCGCCCAGCCCUACAACAGCUGGGACACGCAGCAACUCCAGUCCUACCUGACCUCCAAGGGCCACGAGGCCAAGAAGGGUGCCGAGCAGGACAAGGACAGCCUGGUUGCGUCCGUGAAGGCGUACUGGUACGAAACCGAGGAUCAGGCGACGAGUGCCUACAACAACGUCAAGGACUGGAUCUUCGAUACUUGGACCGACUCUCAGCUCAAGGCUUUCCUUGAUCGCCAUGGCAUCCCUAGCCCCCAGCCUCGCACUCGUGACACGCUCCUCAAGACUGCACGCGAGAACUACCAGACUGCUGCCAACAAGGUUGGCGAGACGGCAGCUUACCCCGGCAACUGGCUCUAUGAGACGUGGUCUGAGUCGGACCUCAAGGCCUGGCUUGACGAGCGCGGCUACCCGGCUCCCCAGCCCAGCACCCGCGACAAGCUCGUCGCCACGGUCCGUCGCAACUCGCGCCUUGCCGCUGACGCCAUAAGGUCUGCCCAGUCCUCGGCAUCUGCUUCUGCCGCUGCUGCUCAGGCUACCCUCACCGAUGCCCUUCUCGACGCCUGGUCUGACAGCCAGAUUAAGGAAUGGCUCGACAAGAAUGGCGUCAAGGUCCCGCAGGGGUCCAAGCGCAACGAGCUGAUUGCCCUCGCCCGCAAGCAUCGCGCAAAGCUCACCGGUGACACUGCUGAGCACUCAGUCACCAGCGCAUAUGGCGCGGCUACCUCCAAGGCUGGUAACCAGUAUGCCAAGGCCACCGAUGAUGCUUCCCUGAAAGCGGAGCAAGCCUACGGCGCUGCAGGUUACUACCUCGACUGGAUUAAGCAGAAGCUUGGUCUCGCUGCUUCGGACGCGUCUGCCAGUGCCUCUAGCGCUGCUGCGGCCGCUUCCUCCAGUGCCAGCAGUGCCGCUUCUGCGGCCACAGAUGCCGCCAACGAGAGCGCUUCGGCCGCCAAGCACAAAGCUUCCGAAGCCGCACAGCAGGCUACGGACAAGGUCAAGGAGGAGUUGUAA